AUGGCUGCGAAUGAAUUUGAAACCAGCGCGGAGAGUACUGCGCACAGCAAAGAAGAACAAGACAGGGCCAGUUGGGAGCGGUACCUGGAAUGGAGAAACCUUGUUCUGCAGUUCCUGAACUCCAGCCUGAGCCCCUACCACCUCCAGCACCACCGGGACAGAGUUGAGCUUCUGAAGAAGUGUUACUUUUACUUGGAGAUUGAGCCCAAACACGUGAACGUGAGAGACCAGAACCAAGUGAUGCAUUACGUUGACAUCUUGCAACUGAUAGAGCCCUGCCGAUUCCAGAGGAUAAAGAAGGUGGGAAAAACCCAGACUGAAAUCCAGCUGUCCCUGUUAACUGACCUCUUAGAACAGCUGGAACGAGGUCAGGAGGAGCUGAGCCGUUACAUAGAGACCUGUGACAUGACGACUUUCCUCUCCCAGUGGAACUUCAUUAUGCAGAGACUAUCCAAGCUCUCAGAGUUUAUGGCAAAACUCUUUUCCUUGGAAGUGCCAGGAAAACUCUAUGUCAAGCACCAUUUACUGUCGGUCUUCACGGAUCAUGGAGAUACCAGACUCCCCGAAAUUAGGGUUUCUCUCUGUGCAAAGGUGCCACCGAUUUUUGAUCGAGAAGAAUCAUUUGCACGCACGGGCUGGGCCAAGCUCAAGUGGUUCACCAACAACCAAGAGUCAGACCUGGAACAGUAUGAACUGCACAUUCAGUUGCUGACAAACGGGAACCCGAGAGAAGUGGGAUACAGCAGGAUUCAGACAGUCCUCUCCAACACAGUGGUAGUCCAGGGCCUGCAGCCCGGCAGAUCAUACGAAUUCAUAGUUAGAAGGUCAGCCACCAACAUGCUCGUCUUUCAAAAGUGGCACGACAGCAUUACGCUGACGUCAGAAGCUCACAGCCUUGAAGACGCAGGCAGCAGCGCUUUUGCCCCAGAAGGAUGA